ACUGAGAACUUGGACAAACAUUGAAACAUACUUUGAAAUGUUUUAUUAAGAUUUUCUUUAAUUUCUAACAUCUUCCGAUCAGUUUCUACUUCACCGCAGCUUAUGAGAAGAGCAAUAACUCUUACUUCUCAAGAGCGAUCCCGAAGUGGGUGAGAUCAAUUUGAACGUGAUUCAAGGACCGUGAUGGAAACUUGCUGACGGAUAAAACAAUGGUGGCUCCAAGGAGGAAUUGUUGAAUGAUGAGAAUGAAAGAGCGACAGACAGAAUUCAAAUCGACGGGUGACGGACAGGCUGUGAAAUCUCCAACGCCAGACGAGAUCAAGACAGUCAUUAGAGGGCUGAAGAACAAUAAGCUGGGAAGAAGGAACUCCCGGCAGAGCUUCCCAAUCACGGAAGUGAGCAGCUGUAUCAACUUUUACACCGUAUUCUAUUCAAGAUAUGAAAAGAUGAUUAACUGCCUGCUAGUUGAUUGAAUGGCCUCAUUUGGCCUCUAUACAAGAAAGAGCAUACCAACGGAGCACUCAUCUGGAAAACUUUCGCGUUGUGCCAAACGAACAACCCAACUAACAUUUUCAGCGCUAUAAGCUUCAAUCAUUUGCUUUAUGUUGUGUAACAAUCGAGUUGAAGCGGUUAACGCUGAAUAAAAAGGAAGCUUGUCAAAUACAAUCCAUAAGCUAAUACACGGCUGCAAAACAAGCACCGUACAGAUACUAAACUCUGUUUUCAGCAAUCACUCACUUGUUACUGAGGUUGCCUUUACUGCACUCUAUUCCAACUCCGGAAGAUGUGAAAACUCGAACAAAUCGAAUAGGAGUCCUCAGUAACAAAACAGCUGCUACUAUACAGUACAAUUCGUAAUACUGACAAAUCCACAAACCAGCAGCGCUUUGAAGGCCGUUUUGCGAUAUUAUUACAGCUAGACGCUGUAAUAUAGAAACUGUUGAUGUACCAACACGGCUUUUCGGAUGUAAACAAUAUUAACAAAACAAACUUUAAGCCGAAUAUAUAGCUACUACACAAAUACUUUACAGCUAUCCUUCUCUGUGCUGUGAAUUUAUUUGGGUUGUUUUUAUUGCACUUUAAUCCAACUCCGGAAGAUUUACCGGAGGAUGUGCAAAUUGAAUAAGAGUCCCAAUCAAUAAACCAGCUGUCUUCAUAAGGUACGUUUUGUAAUGUUGCCAAAUACACAAAACAGCAGCGCAUCGUAGCUGGUUGAAGAACAUCCUUUCAGCUAGAAGCUGCGAUGAAGAACCUGUUGGCGCAACCACCCAGCUUGUUCAAUGUAAACAUUGAUGCGUUUGACGCUGCACAAUUAUAAAGCCUUGUCGGUUUCUUGUGGCACAAUUAUAAAGCCUUGUCUGGAGUAAAACAAAACGGGCUGUUUUCUAUGCUAUUUAUAUAUAGCAGUGUGGCAGCGAGGACAUCAUCGGGACCAGUGGAUACGGAGAUCGGGAGUUCGAUUCUUAGUAGCUGCAAGUACUUUAAUUAUUCAAUUUUAAAAGCGAUAAUUCCGGUUCCACAUGUAUUGCGCCAUGGAAUUCAUAACCUUAAUAUAUUUAAUCGAUUUAUUUAGGGAUGCCGUAUAACUAUUAUUUAACAACUGUGAAAAGGCUGAAAAAGCGCCUUCUCAAGAUGUUAUUCAGUUAGUGGUUACAUAGGAGCUGAGAAAAAAGCUAUGACUUGGUGGCAUAGAAGAUGCUCGCACAGCAUAGACAUGUGGAUUAAGUUCGCCUGAUUCAUUGGUAUAGGGCUCGCAUAGAAGCUUCCGUUCAUAUGUACAACAGAGUAACUCAGCAUCAAGCCAUAUUGAGGGCGCUUUGUUGACGUUAACAUUCACAAAAAAUGUUAGUUGGGAAUAAUUCGAUCAACGGAGUGGAGCUCAUCGGAGUUAAAUGCCUGUGAGGACACUUGUUGAUUUCGGAGUGCAUCCAGAUUCGCUUGGUCUUGUCGGCGGUUUCGGAGGAUUUGGAGGGUUAACGUAAACACCAUACAACAAUACGGCGAAGUUUGGAAAAGCUGGAGCACCUGGAGAAAAACUCUUCAGCGAACGUAUUCUGGACGGAUGUCAUGGCGGCUACUGGAGCUUUACGGAUUUCUUUGACGAAUCCUGGGGGUUCGGCAGGCCAUUGUUCUGGAGAUUGCUCCAGCCACGUCAGGCCAGGCCACCAUCUUUCUUUGGCGAGUAGAUCGGAUUGGUCCAGUCCUCGAACGUUUUCCAUUGUCCGGGGGAUGAUCGAAACCACUGGAUAACCUAGCUACUUUAUCGGCGCUGCAGUCUUGGGGAAUCAAAACGACUGUUUUAGAUUUGUCCCGACGUUUCGACUCUGUUUCGAGUCUUCUUCAAAGGGAAACUGUAAUGGGAUCUUUAUUACACGGUUCCUCAAACGAAACCCCGACAUCUGUAUUCUAUCCGCAGAUAAGGGUAACAGAACGGUUGUCAUGUACCGAGAAGAGUACAACCAAAAGAUGAGAGCGUUGAUCAACGACGAUGACACAUACGUGGAAGUAAAAAGAGAUCCGACCCCAAGUAUCCAGUCGAAGAACAACAGCAUCGUAAGAAGAAUGAAAGAUCUCCAACUGGUCGACAACUACACCGCACGCGAACUCAGCAGAUACGAUUCCGUCUGCCCAAGGAUCUACGGGCAACCAAAAGCCCACAAACAGGACCUACCACUCAGGCCUGUAAUCCCCAACAUAACAGCUCCAACCUACAUGUUGUCAAAGUUCGUUGCUCGCGUACUGCAAGAAUCUCUCGUUAGCAAGUAUAACACCGCCAGCUCCUUCACGUUUUGCCAAGAAAUCCAACAAAUCAAGCUACCAGAAGGAUACGUCAUCGUGUCGCUAGAUGUGGUGUCACUUUUCACAAAUGUCCCCAGAGAAUUAGUCCGCAAAAGUAUAAUCGAUAGGUGGUCCGAGAUUAACACCAAAAUCAAUCUGGACCUGUUCAUCGAAAUAGUUGACCUGUGUAUGGACUCAAGCUAUUUUAGGUUCGAAGGGAAAUACUUCAAACAAAUUUUCGGUACAGCUAUGGGAAGUCCGUUGUCACCCAUCCUAGCCGAUAUUGCAUUGGACUCGGUAAUCGACAGAGCAACAUCCACCCUUCCCUUCCAAAUCCCCGUCCUAAAAAAGUAUGUCGAUGAUAUAUUCAUAGCUAUCCCCAAAGAUGCUAUAGAAUUGGUCCUGAAGGAGUUCAAUCGACACGAAGCAAGGUUGCAGUUUACUGUAGAAACAGAAGUGGAAGGAAGAUUGCCUUAUCUCGAUAUGACCGUCAUCAGAAGUGACGAUCAAUCCCUACAAACUGAGUGGUAUACAAAACCAAUUGCUUCAGGAAGAAUGCUCAAUUGGCACUCCUUCCACUUAACAAAGUACAAGGUCAACGUCGGGAAGAACUUCAUCCAUCGCGUCUGUACUCUCUCCACUGCAACGAACACAACCGCCAAAAAGGAAAUCAUCUUUAAACACCUGACCAACAACGACUUCCCCAGGACACUGAUCAACAGACUCUUCCACCGUUACAUCACUCAAACCAAACCGAAUCAGCCACCACGACAAUCAGCAACAAUUACGGAAAUACCAACCACAUCAAUGGAUCAACCUGCUAACACCGCUCACCGUCCAUCUGAAGCAAUAUCCAGCCCAUCCAUUCAAAUAGAUUCACCGCAAACCAACCAACCGGUAACGCAUCCAUCAGUCCAAUCUUCAGAAUCAGCAUCCUCCUCAAAAGCAAUCGUCCAAACAACACCAGCUCGCACACCACCUCUAGCAGGAGAUCAUCAGCACAUGACCAACCCGAUGAUGGCCAAUCCACCAGAUGCAGCGUCCACAGAAGAGCCCGAUCUAUCAAUAGAACAACAAUUAGAAACAGCCAACAGCCAACAACAACCAAUUUUCAGGUCCAUUCCGUACGUAACCGGUCUCUCUGAACGAAUCAUAGGUAUCCUAAGCAAAGAUUAUAAAAACAUCACCAUAGCCUGUAAACAAACCAACACCAUUGAUAAAUUUCACACACAAGUAAAAGACCCAAUCAACAAGUUAGAUCUAAGCAAAAUAAUCUACAAAAUACCAUGCAAUGAUUGCCAGCAGUGUUACAUUGGUAUGACUCAAAACAAAUUAAAAACAAGAUUGUACGGACACAAAACACAUAUAAACAAACUUAACAGGUUAAAAGAGUUAGGGCACACCAAUAUAGACACAGAGAUGAUAACACUAGGAGAAAAAACAGCGCUCAUCAAACACUGCAUCGACAACGAUCAUAGUUUCAACCUGGAUCGUACUACAGUGAUUGAUAGUAGUAGAAACACAAACACAUUGACAUUUCUUGAAAUGUGUCAUAUAGUUAACACACCCAACACUGUUAACCACCGCACUGACAUUGACGGAUUGAACACAACGUACGCAGCCAUUCUCAAAACUAUAGGUGAAACAUUUCAAUCCCAAACAUAGCUAAUGCAUCCACCAUCUUUGAACAAACCGUUACCGCGUUCACAAGUGCAGUGCAGUGCAGUACAGUGAAAAUCAAGUGAAAUCGCCCAAAAACUAAGCUACGGUUCACUUGACAAGAAAUGUAGGUCAAAAUCACACCACACGCUGUACCUAUAAUGCAUUUAUGUAUGAAAAAUUAAUUUCACAGCCGAUGUAUAGAAACAAACACGACACCGACAGUCCUAUGUCAAUUCUAACAAAAAGCGACUAGUCAGAAUUUUCCCUUUGAAGAAGACUCGAAACAGAGUCGAAACGUCGGGACAAAUCUAAAACAGUCGUUUUGAUUCCCCAAGACUGCAGCGCCGAUAAAGUAGCUAGAUUACACAUAUCAGUCGAACUCUCAUAAGUACCACUGGAUAACUGUAGUGGAAUCUGACCAGAAGUAGGCAAGUGGAACGAUCUUCAGUGCUGAAGCGACUUUCUGGUACAACUGCGUGGAGAGAUGGGUGGCGCACAGCUCCAGUCUGGCUAUAGUGUGGCUAUAGUGUAGGGGUGAAAGUUUCGAUAUCGAUACUAAAAGUUUGACGCACACUUCAUAGGCGGGUAAGGCGCGGACAUAGCAUCAUGUCCCGUUGGCCUUAUUGAACGCAUCAGCGAAUAAGUGGAGCCCGAUAGUGACAGCGCCGAUGACGGAAGCAAAUCGUGGGACUCUGACUUUACGAAGGAGAUGUGGGUUUCUUUCCAUUCUUGUUGCAGCUUCGGAGAUAGCGGUUGAUCCCAUUCGUAGCGCCCGUUGUUGGGAGUUUUAACGCCCAUACUGCCGUUCUAAGCAUAUCUGUACCAUGUUGUUUUUCUACGCAUAUUGUCCCACUGCUCUAACUUAAGUUCUAUCUUAAAGUCAAUGUCAAACAGCUGCUUGACGUUAUCGAGGAAUAUUCAUUUGUGAUGCAAAAUGGAAAAACUAUCAAAUUAACUUCAAAUGGCUUUGUUACUGAGAAAAACGCGGCUAGAAUGCAAAACAACAUGGGACAGAUAUGCUUAGCAGGGCAGCAUAGGCGUUGCAUGAACAGUUUUGCCUUGGUAACGGUAGGUCUCACUAGCCCCAGCGGGUCAAAUACGUAGGACAUAACCUUGCGCUUGGUGAGAACGGGAGCUGAAAGGGGUAACUGGACCUUCAAUAGGAAUACGUCACUUUCCGGUUUCCAAAAAUCCAAGCGUGCUAACGGACUGCGGUUCCCAGAGGUCAUGCCACAGUUGUAUUGAUCGAUCUUCAGGUGGGAUGUCAUCGAGGACUUCGACGGAGUUCGAACGCCUCUUCUUCAUUGGUAGUCCUGCAGAAUCCAGCAUAGCAGAAACUUCACGUCUACGGCAAAUACGGCGUCGGACAAAAAAUCGUCGACGUAAAAAUCUUCGAAGACCGGCUCUGCAGCGAAGAGGAACUGGUUGCCAUUAACAGUCGCCAAUUUUUGGAGAGUUUUCGUGGCGAGAUGGGACGGAAACUGUCCGUAAGUAACGUUCUGCAGCUGAUACGAGGCUAUGGGCUAGAACGCAUCACUGCGUUUUUUAAUCCGCUGGUCGUCGUCGUAGAGGUAAACUUGCCGGUAUAUUUUGUCGAUGUCGUCAUUCAGGGCAAUGCGAUGAAAGCAAAACCAACGGGAGCAGGUCGUCUUGUACGUCGUCUUGGACGGACCGACGAGAAGUGUGUCGAUGAGCGAAUGGCAUAAUAUCGGCGUUAAUUAGUACCCUUCUUUUUAUGGUGGCGCUCGACAGCUUGAAUACGGGUUGGCGCGGAAGGUAGCAGUGCGGAAUAAUGUUGCCUACCGGUUUAUCGAGCCACUUCAAAUGCCCAAGGCGCUCCUAUUCCUCUAUAAACUGGUGAUAGGCGGAUUACACGUUGGAGUCGCGUUCAAGGCGGCGCUCUAGACCGAGGAAACAGCGUUCGAAAAUAGAUUCAGAAACUCCCAACACGAUCUCCGGGUUGUCUGUUCUGGCGUUGGGUCUCUGGACGUGGUUGCAGCAUAGAACUCCUCGCAUGCCUUCUCGGUCGUGGAGUGAACGGAUUGUGUGGGAAUUGUUAGAGAGUGGAAUCUAGCAGAGCAUCAGUGCUAGAGAGCUGACAGGCUACCGAAUCUUUGGAAUCUUGGGUGGUUGAACCACACAAAGUCCAAUCGAAGCGCGUUUCGAUAAGGUACGGUAGCCCACGUCCUAGAGAAAGCUUCUUGCUACUGUGCAGGUCCCAGUAGACUUCACCACCGAUGACGAGAUCAAUCAUGUUCGGAACAUGAAACUCCGGAUCGGCUAACUAGACCUUCGGAAGCUCCCAAGACAAAAGCUUGACGUAGAUGGUGGACAAGUUGGUAGUCGGGUGGUCGAUGACUAGAAAACGGAGCUGGGUAGAAAACGACCCAGUUCGGAAGCGAACGGUGGCGCUCACUGCUCGCUUCAACUUACAAUGGGACUGGCGAUUCCGGCAACGGACACUCCGGCUCGGGUUGAGAAAUAUCAUGCAGACUAGCCAGCUCCGACGACAUGAACUUUGACAUCGACCCGGAAUACAACAAAGCUAUAGCUUCAAAGGACUUGCCGUGACCAUCGACCAAGGAGAAUACAUUUUACUAAGGUGGCGCAGAUAAACAUUGCAAAC